AUGAAAAUUAAAGAUAAAAGAAAUAGAAAUAAAAUGAAAAACGAACAUAAAUUAGUAAACAAACAAAAAGAACUAUCAAUUUACAACUCUGAACACGGUCCUUACAAAAUAAUAUCUUUUAUUAAUUUAGGUGGUGAUAUGUCUAAAAUCAAAGAGGAAUAUUUAAACAACAAAUUAACAAAUUUAUAUUUUUAUAAAAAAAAAAUGCAUAAUUUCUUAUUUAUUGAUACUGGGCAUUUUACUGACAUAGAAACUGCUUAUAUAAUAAGAUGUAGUGAUUUGGUCGUUUUUGUUGUUAAUUCUAUUAUUAUCAAUGAAAAAGUAUUACAACUUGUAAAAAGACAUCUUCCCAGUUGUAUUUUUACAGUAUUAGAUAAAAAAUAUAUUAAAUCAUGUAAGAAGUUUGUAAACAAAUUUUUACCAGAUCAGAAAGUUGUAGAAGUGUCUUUAUUAUUUAAUUAUUUGUGUGCUCGAAGUUUUUCUACUAAAAUAUCCGCAAGACCUUUUAUGAUUCCUUUAUCAAUAGAUGUUAGAUCAGAUAAUAUUUAUGUCAUUAAAGGAUUUAUGAAGAAAGGACUACUUACUGAUAAAGUUAUUAUUAAUGGAAAGUAUGAAGGAACAGUGGUUAAUAUUAAAAGUGAUAAAAUUUAUAGUGGAUCUGAACUAGGAAUGACUGAUGAUGAAAAAUCACAUUUUAAAACAGUAACUAAUAUUGAUGAUACAGAAAUGGAAGUAAUAGAUGAAGAACAAAUUUUAGAAAAUGAUGAAAGUACUUCAUCUGACGAAUAUUAUAGUGAAGAUGAAGAAGAAAAUAAAUAUCCAUCACUUAUUGAUAAAUAUAAAGAAUAUAAAGGAAUAAAAAAUAUUGCUACAUGCGAGCUUCCUACAGACAAAUAUCCAGAUUAUUAUCAAAAUUUAAUAUUUUUUCAAGAUUUCAAACACGUAAAUAAAAUUAUAGUCAAUAGAAAAAGCAUUAUUGCUGAUAAUCAAAUGGUAGAAAUAACACUUAAACUUACAGAUAGCAUACAUGACAAUAUCUUUGUUAUGUUUGGAUACUAUGAAUUUGAAGAUUUUAAAACUAUACAUAAUUACUCUUUUCAAGGUAAAUGUAAAACUGGUGAAAAAUUGCUGGUAGAUUUAGGGUAUAAAAUUAUAGAAGUGACACCUACUUUGACAAAAUUAAAUAACAAUAAUUUACAUAAAAGAGAGGAAUCUUUAGAUACUGGUGUUAUAAGCUUUAUAGCACCAUUGUCAUUUGAUUUACAUAAAAUUUUAAUAUUUGAAAGUAAUUUGCUAAAAGAAACUUCUAUAAGGACCUUUAAAAUGGUAGGAAUGAAUCUUGGAAUAAAAGAUAGAAAACUUUAUGACGAAAUUGUAUUGCAAGGGUUGCCUAUUAAAAUUCACAAGAGAUCUUGUACUGUUAAAAGAAUGUUUUACAGUAAAGAAGAAGUUCUUUAUUUCAAAGAAAUUGGAUUAUACACUAAAAAUGGUAGAUCACAUGGAUUUAUAAAAAAGCCUUUAGGUGUGCACGGGGCCUUUAAAGCCUAUUUUUCACAUCCUAUUGCAUCAAAUGAUAAGAUUUACAUGUCUUUAUACAAAAGAGCAUUUUUAAAUGAUUAUUAA